AUGUUCCCAGCCUUGUCCCUCUGUUUGUGCGCUCAGGCUGUGAUGAGGGAUGGACACGAAGAGGGCAACGCUGCGUCUGAACCCGGGCAGAUCAGUCAGCGGCGUAAAGCCCGUCCCCCAGUGGAGCACUUUGAUGUCGACGAAAGCAAAUGCAAGGGCGUCAAAAACGAGCCGAACGUGACAUUAUCGGCAACAAGGAAGCGAGUCACCCAGGGAUUGAGCAAGACGGUUGAACACACCUCGCCUCAGCCCCGGCACCGUCAUGGCAAAUGGAUAAAAGCGGUCGCCAACACUGGAGGCUGCGACUGCUAUUUCUAUCGCCUGGCUCAUCAAGACGACUGGGAAAAGUUUGAGUCCAAGUGUGUGUUUGUUGCGUGCUCGCCGGACCCCCUGCUGGCUUCGCAGUGCAGCCGCAGCUCUAAUCUGAGCCACUCUGUCGUGUGA